AUGUCUGAGGUACAGACUCGGACUGCCGCCUCGCGCGGCAGAGGUUCUGGUCGCGGUGGAAGAGGUGGAUUCGCCAGUCGAGGUGGCCGCACCCAAGGCAGAACCAAUGGCGAUAAGUUCGACCACAAGGACACCGACGAUGCGACUGCGUUUGAGGACCAAGGCGAGCUCGGCGAGCUGAAGAAGCAAUACGGCAGCAAGACCCCUCUUAUCAAGGAGCUGUUCCCCGACUGGUCUGAGCAGGACAUUCUCUAUGCUCUCCAAGAGACAGAUGGCGACGAGAACCUCGCCGUCACCCGCAUUGCUGAAGGCACCAUCUCCCAAUGGGGUGAGGUCACAAAGAAGGCCCCCCGCUCCAAGGCCAAGGACCCCUCGACUGCCAACCCCAUCAUCGACUCAUCCAAUGCCAGACCCGCUAGAGGCGGACGCAACGUGUCGGACGCUGGUCGCGGCCGCGGCAGGAACACUGAAAGAGGAGGCACUCGCGGUGGCCGUGGCAGAGCUUCGGCAGCCACCAAUGGUACCCGCCACACCAAGGAGAAUGCUCAGCCGUUGUCCGUCCCUACUGAGGAGUCGAACGCAUGGAACACUCCCUCCGAGGCCAAGGAGGCCCCCGCCGCCGAGGACCCCUGGGCCCCCAAGGAGACCAUCGAGAAGCCCGCCGCCGCUCCCGCUCCUGCUGCUGCACCCGAGGCCGCCAAGCCCGCCGCUCCUAUCCCCAAGACGUGGGCCAGCAUGCUCCGUCAGUCGACCGCUCCCAAGGCCGCCCCGAAGCCCCCCAAGGAGGAGCCCGCACCUAAGCCUGCCGAACCCAUCGAGUCUCCGCCUCCCGUGGCUCCUGCUGAAGAGCCUACACCCGCGCCCGAGCCCGAGCCUGAGCCGCAGCCGGAGCCUAUCGCUGAACUCCCCGCCGCCGAACCCGUUCAACAUGAAGAACCAGCUCCUGCAGAAGUACCAACCGUCAUUGAACCCGAAGUGGUUUUGCCGCCUUCCAAGGACCAACUCACUGAGACGAAUCUUGAACAGGUAGUCGACGAAUCGCAUCCACCCGCGACUGCUACCGUUGCCAGCACGACCGCCGACUCUUGGGAUCCCCGCCAAGCUGCCGCCAGCGCGACCGCGACCCCUCUGUCUGCCUCGCAGCAGCAACACCAGCCCAUCCGCCCUGCUGUCCCCACUGCUAACAGCGGCUUUGCUGCUUCAGCCAUCAAGGCCACCACCGAGAGGGGCUCUCGUACCCCGAGCUACCAGCGCCGUGUUCUGGACCAGGAGGAGGCUGUGCGCAUGCCUGGCAACCGCGAGGUAGACCGCGCUGCUGUCCAGUUCGGUGCCUUCAGCCUUAACGACGAGGACGACAUCGAUGGUGACCGCGAAGAGCCCGAGACCAGAACUCAGCCCCCCGCCGACUCCCCCGUCGCCCACCCCCGAACCUCUCUUCCCCCCGCUCCCCAACAAGCUCCGGUUCCCGAGGCCAUUGGCACCCAGAAGCCCGCUCCUGGCCUGCCCCCCGCGGCCGCCGCUACGCCCACUGGUAUUGACAUAUCGACAACCCCUGUCCCCAUUAAUGCUAAUAUCCCCGUAGGCCCUGCUAGCGCCGCUCCUCAGCCUCCUGCUUCCAACCAGAGUAUGUUUAAGAACAUGAUAGAAUCGCAGCUUCGUUCAUCAGUCACUUACACCCAGCCAGCUCCUCAGCCCGCUGCUCAGCAGCAGUCUUACUCGCGCUUCGGCCAGGCUGGCUCUCAGGAGCCCGCUGGCUUCCAACAGAAGCCCAUCGAUCCCUUCACCCAGUCGAACCCCUCUGCCACCCAGAGCCAAUUCGACAGCUUCCCCACCCAAUCGCAACAGCAGAACCAGCAGCCUGGUGGAGCCUUCAGCUCUGCGCCCAGCGAAUACUCCAACUACUACACUGCCGACCAACAAAGCCGACCCCCCUACAACUACUACAACCAGCCUUACGGCCAGCAAGGUGCUCAGGGUCACCAGGACAGCCUCUCCUCCCAGCAGCAGAGAGGUUUCGGAGGCUACAAUGCAUCGCAGCAGGCUGAUAACCUCAGCCAAUACCCCCAGAGCGGCGGCGUCCAGAACCAGUCUCGCUACGGAGGUGUCACGAGCGAUGCCCAGAACAGUGGCCACACCACCCCGAACCCCACGGCUCAGAGCCAACAGCAGGCCAGCCAAGCUUCCCAGCCUCAGUCUCACGGCCAGCAGGGCUACCCUUACAACAGCCACCCCUACUACAACAACGCUUACUACUCCAACUACAUGAACUACGGCCACUACGGCCAGCAGGGAUACGGCGGCGCCCCUUACGGCAAGGGCUACGGCCACCCCUACGGAAUGUCGCCCCAGGGCCCUUAUGACCACGCUUCCUCUCCUGCCGGUGGAUUCGGCCAGUCCUCUUUGCACCGUGCGGAUAGCGGUCUGGCCUCUGGUCUAGGCAGCGAUUUCGGUGCCCGCGCUGGCUCUGCCCAGUCUGGUAAUCAGCCUGGUCUGGCCGGCGCCAGCGGCUUCGGCGGCAUGCAGGACAGCUUCGGCGGCCGAGGCUCUUCCUUCCAGUCGCCUGGUGGACAAGGCUUUAACAGCACCGCACAGUCUAACGCUGCCUCCGCCGGCGAUGACUUGAAGCCCUUCGGCGACAGCAAGCCCGGCUCCGGCCCUUCACCUUCGCUCGGCGGCGCUCGUCCUGGUUCGGCCACCAACAACACCCCCGGUCAGUCUGGUCUGCCUCCUCCUCAGUCCGCCUCCCAGAUGGGCGGCUACGGAGGCUACCCCAGCCACCUCCAGGGCCACAACCUCCACGGAAACAGUGGCUACGGCAUGGGCGGUGCCACCAGUGGACAGCACGGCAGCGCUGCUCCGUUUGGAUCCUACGGCCAGGGCGGCUACGGCAGUGGAUACUACGGCAGCAACAACCAGCAGGCGCGCGGCGGCUGGGGCGGAAACUACCACUAG